UAAUUUAUUACUUACUAAAAUGUUAAAAUUGCACUUGCAGUUGUAAUGUCAAUGGUAUGGAUGUCUAUGGUAAAGUGAAAGGCCAUCAUAUUUUAUGCCCUAACGUUUUAGUUUCUGAGGGACAUCUCAAUUCUAGAGCUGUACUUUUCAUUCCGUGGAGCAUACAGAAUGUCAGUCAUAAGCCCCUCCCCUGCCACCAAUCAAUGAAUCCGCAGUCGAUCGCCUUGGCUGUUUUCGAAGCAUUUUAUGAGCAUCUGUAAAUUGACAAUAGUGCUACCGCUAUUCGGCCACUGUGUAGAGUCUCUUUCGGGAUAACUUUCGGUCGACUGGCAAAUUCGAUGAAGUUGCCUCUACCUAGUUAACCUUUUCCCAAUCCGAGGCUCGGAUAGCUGAAGACCCAGCGUAUCAUAGGCAGGUUUGCUAGCAACUGCCAGGAAUGAAUUCAUUGGCUAUGUCCACCAAAUGGCCUUCCUACGAUUCCCUCCCCGAUACCCCCAGCUUCCUGCUCAGUGAGAGUGACGUGACCGAGGACGAGGCAGAAAUCGAUGUCUUCACCUCAGAAAGUGAGGGAGAUGGCGCAGGGAGCUCGGGGUGUGGCAAGACCUGCUCAGUACCCUUCUCUGGGGCCAACAAGGCAUCCCCUCGGUUACGCUGGUCCAUGGUUGGCAGUGGACAAGUGGAGUGCUUCCCUCACACAGCCACCUACCCAACUAGAAUUACUUCUCCAGGAUGUGCUGCUUUAAGCACAGAGGAGACCUCACAAGGAGACCGGGCCUUCGCUCAGAAAUGUUCAGAGCUGCAAAGGUUUAUCCGCCCCCUGUUAGACCUUCUGAAUGGACUCAAGAAGGGGCGGUUUGAGAGAGGUCUCAGCAGUUUCCAGUCAAGCGUUGCAAUUGACAGACUCCAGAGGAUCUUGGGUAUUCUUCAGAAACCUGACAUGGGAGAAAAAUUCCUCCACACCCUACUGCAGGUAGAGAUGAUGCUAAAGAUGUGGUUUCCCAAUGUGACCCCUGUUGCUGCUACCAAGAACCCCACACCCAGUCUUCCUCCAAGAUGGCACAAAAACCAGCUGUGCAUGCCAGUUAAGAAGCGGAAGCUAAGCUGGUUGGACUCCGACUUCCCCAGUGCUCCCCCGCCCAGUUGCAAGCGUCUGCAGCUGCAGAACUACCAUGAAGUUACCACUCAAGACUCUAGCCCUUCAAGCACAUAUGUGGGACCGAGAGAACAUGAGGUUUCCUUUGCCUCAGAAAUGUAUACCCCAUCAAGUCUGACUGUCAGCAGGAGGAGAAGGGGAAACAAGAGGCUUGAGGAUGCACCUCGCUCUGCGUUCGGUAGAGCAGCCACACAAGACUGCUGCAUCUCCUCCACCCUCACUGUCUGUCCCUCACCUCAGCUUUCACUACAUGGACAUCAGCCACAGAGGUGCCACAGUGGGCUUGGCACCAUUAAGACCGAGACAGAUGUUACAACUGUGGAAAGCCAGAGAAGGAGUCACUCUAACCCUACAAUAUCAAAUUCUGUGAAACAAGAGCCGGAGUGGAGCACAGGCACAUAGAAGCAGAGAGAAAACUGAACUCAGUGCACCAUUUUAUCAUCUUUCAGUCACAUUUGUCUGUGUUGAAGUAAUUUUUUUUUACCUAAAUGUAUUUUCAAUUAUUUUUUUAAUGGUAAUGUGAUAAAGCUGUACUUUUGCAAAGUC